AUGUAUGGACACAUGCAGCAAUCUGAUCAGAACCGUCCUGACGACAACCACCACCAUCUCCAUCCACAUCUACGUCCUCUCAGCACCCCUUCGACACCCUCGCUGGAUGGCGGCCCAUAUAACGACGAUGAUUUAGAAGGACGCCACGUAGAGCUCCCAGACCGUUCCGAUACGGAGGUAGUCGAAAGUGAGACGGAAAGUGAGCCGGAGAAGCCGAAGAAAAAGAAGAUAAAGAAGACCAAGACGAAGAAGGCAGCGAAGUUAACACAUUGGACCCAGCCGUGGAUCGCUUACCCUGUCAAAGCUCCCAGUAAUGUCCUCGUGUCGGCAAAAUCUCCUAAGCAACAAGGGAGGAACAUGUCCCCCGAGGCAUGCCUUAAGGCCGAUAUCGACCAGCUAACAAAAACCAUUGAAUCGGUCCUCAUGGGAGCACAGAGGGUUAACUUAGACGUAACUUUUGACGAGCUCAAACUCAAGUCUACUGGGCAGUCCCUUAAGCCGAAUGGUAAGGGGAUGGAAAAGCUUUCCAGAGCUGAAUAUUUGAAGGAGUUAGGGGCAUAUGCCGAUACUGGUCUCCAGAACACCCCCGUCAUCCCGUUCACCACGCUGUACUACACAAGCGACGGUUAUCUCAUUGCAGUGUAUCUUGGGGUACGCAUCAUCGACUCUCGUGCGCCUCGUACGAGGCCACCAGACAGAGACGCGAACAACCAGUCGCACGGCCGUACGGAGGCUGAUUUGGCGACUGCGAAGGCUAAUGGCUUGCAGGUAUAUCACGAUGGCAUUCAGAACAGGAGAGGCUACUCCUUCAGUACAAACAGUCACUUCAGCAGCUGGCCAGCCUCUCACAGCCUAAACAACCGAACGAAAACAGCCGCCAUUACACUGAACCAGACAAGCUGGAACACCACAUCUGCCGCUAUGUCAAUUGCAAGAACCAGGAGGAAGCUGAGCGUAAAGGCGUCUAUCAUUCCUAUGACUAUUUCUAAGGAUACCAUGAGAUCCGCCUCCUUCAUGACCGGUUACCGCACCCAUCUCAGCAACACCAAAAUCGUCAAUACUAUGGUGGACAAACUCUUGCAAGGUUUCUUCUCUGACAAGCAUGUGGAGUACACACAAGCUUUCCAGGCUGGGAAGACAUUCGAUGAGGAUGUCGGGCCGUUCAUUGGGAGGGCAUUCCUGUACAAGGUUGAGACUGAUGUCAUCCACUUCGACGUUCACGAUGAUCUCACUGUAGACAUUGUGGGCGGCCACUUUGAUGGAGGAGCAUUUGAAGUGCCGCAACUCAAUGCUCGGCUCAGAUUUGGCUCAGGUGAUGUUUUCAUGGGGUUCACGGAGUUUUUAGCCCAUAGAGUCUCACCUUGGACAGCAAAAGCAAAUGAGGCAGAGGAGAAGAUUGGUGUUACGGCAGGGAGAUUCUCGGUUGUGCAUUUCUUUCAUCAGAAGGUGUUAGAGCAACUGAAGGGGAAAAGGCCGGGCUGGGGCAUUAGUACGAACUUUGGACGGUGGCUUGAUCAGGGACCAACAUCUUGA